AUGGCAGCUUUAGCGGGCGAAGAUGAAGCCGAUAUGGCGACCUCGAGUCUCGCAUAUAUGGGGUCACACUCCUCGCGCACGGUCAUGCCGUACGAUGUCGUUGUCAUUGGCGGUGGUCAUGCCGGUACCGAAGCCAGCGCUGCCGCUGCUCGAUCUGGAGCUCGGACUGCUCUCAUUACACCUUCGCUGGACAAUCUGGGCGUGUGCUCCUGCAACCCAAGCUUCGGUGGAAUUGGGAAAGGCACCAUGAUCCGAGAGAUUGAUGCACUGGAUGGACUGUGCGGGAGAAUAGUUGAUAAGGCCGGUAUCCAGUUCAAGGUACUGAACAAGAAGAAAGGUCCUGCCGUAUGGGGUCCCAGGGCACAAAUCGACCGUGACCUGUACAAAAAAUACAUGCGGCAAGAGCUCACGUCUACGAAAGACCUUAGCAUUCUCCAAGGCAAAGUCGCGGACAUCGUAACCUCCAAGACCGAAAACCAAGAAAGAUCCUUCUCUCAAGGCAUAAUCACUGGUGUCCGUCUAGAGUCGGGUGAAAUCAUUCCCGCCUCCCAAGUUGUCAUAACGACUGGCACGUUUCUUGGUGGCGAGAUCCAUGUUGGACUCGAAGUCUUCCCAUCUGGCCGGAUGGGCGAAGCUGCAACCUUUGGCCUCAGCAACUCACUUCGUACAGCUGGCUUCACCCUUGGACGCCUCAAAACCGGCACACCACCACGUCUCGAUCGAUCUACUAUUGACUACUCCGUACUAGAACUCCAACCCGGAGACUCCCCUCCACAACCGUUCUCCUAUCUUAACUCCCGUCCCGACAUAGGCGGAGCAGAGCAACUUCCAUGCUGGUCCACAUACACAAAUGAAGCUACUCACUCGAUCAUCCGAUCGAAUCUCGAUAAAAGCAUCCACAUCCGCGAAACUGUAAAAGGGCCCAGGUACUGUCCCAGCAUUGAAUCGAAGGUCAUUCGCUUCCCCCACAAGCAGCAACAUUUGGUAUGGUUGGAACCAGAAGGCCACGAACCUAACCACAUAAUCUAUCCGAACGGCAUCUCUGUGACUUUGCCUGCUGAAGCACAAUACGAAAUGCUGAAAACUAUUCGAGGCCUGGGGAAUGUAAAAAUGCUGCAACCAGGAUAUGGGGUCGAGUACGAUUACAUCGACCCGCGCAAUCUGCUCCCUACCCUUGAAACGAAAUUGAUCAAAGGCCUCUAUCUAGCCGGCCAGAUCAACGGAACGACAGGCUACGAAGAAGCGGCUAGCCAAGGCAUCGUAGCAGGAAUCAACGCUGGUCUUGCAGCCCAAGGAAAAGGAACCUUCACCCUGAGUCGGAGCGACAGCUACAUCGGCAUCAUGAUCGACGAUCUCAUCACCAAAGGUGUCAGCGAGCCCUACCGUAUGUUCACCAGCAGGUCCGAAUACCGCAUGAGCGCUAGGGCCGAUAAUGCCGACACAAGACUCACCGCCAAAGGCCGAGCCGCCGGCGUCGUAGGCGACAAGCGAUGGGAAGCCUUUGAAGAGCAGCAAGGGAAGAUCUCCGAGCUGACGAAUCUGCUCAUGGAGAAGAAACUCCCCAGCAAAAUGUGGAGAGACCUCGGCUUCCCCAUCAGAGACGACACCGCCGUCAAACCCGCCUUUGACCUCCUCCGUCUCGCCGGCACAACGGUGCACUCCCUCCUCCCCUACCUCUCCUCCCUUCCCGCUACCUCAAACCUCUUGACCCCCUCCCCUUCUCCCGAACAAGAUGUGGAAAUAUCCAAAUUCGAUCCCAAGACCCUCGAAAGGGUCUCCAUAGAAGGCUCCUACGCCCCCUACAUCCUCCAGCAACAGGUUGCAGCCAAAUCCUUCGAGCGCGACGAACACCUCGAGUUACCGGCUGAUAUCGACUACGAGAAGGUCGUUGGCCUCAGUACAGAGGAACGAAUGGCGUUGAGCCUGGUGCGGCCUGGGAGCGUGGGUAUGGCGAGACGCGUCGAGGGGGUUACGCCGGCUGGGGCGUUGAGGUUGUUGAGCUGGGUUCGAAGAGGAGACAGAGGAGCUGGAGGAGCGGGUACGAAGAGGGAUGGAGGCAAGGGGAGAGGGAGUGAGGAGGUGUUUAGGGGGGAGGGGGGGCUGGAUGGGAUUAAGCUGGAGGGGUUGUUAUGA